GAAAGUGAUUUUUUUAUUGUGGUUGGUCGCAUUAUUGGACACUGUUUUUUUGAACCAAGGCCCACAUUUUGCUGGACUGAGCCCUGCAAUUAUGCACGUGCUAUUCGGGGGAGAACCAGAGACCGCAACAAUAACAGAAUUGGACUGUGUGGACCAGGAUGUCCGUGAAGUUUUACAGUUGUUGGAAGAAAACAGCAACUUCUCAGAGGAACAAAAGGCAAAAAUUCUCUCGGUGACCCUCCCUUGGGAUCUCCCCGGUGUUACAGCAGAAAACAGAUGGUGGCUGACGGAGAAAAUUCUUCUUCACUCUGUACUGGGAAGAACAACUCAGCAGGUUAAACAAAUGAGGAGGGGUUUGAAAGACACCGGGGUCUGGGAUUUUUUUAGCUCCAGGCCAGACGCCAUCCCAGUCUUGUUCCCCAGGACCAGUGAUGUGAUGUUAACACCACAGAUGAUUCUGGACAAGAUUGUCUGGCCAAGGGAUGAGGAUGUUGAUGAGGAUAUACUCAGCUUGGAGGAACAACAAAAAGCACUACAUUUUCUCCGAAGAUUCAUAGAGAAUGGAUCUGGAGAGCGUCUGAAGUCACUUCUCACAUUCUGGACUGGGUGGGACGUGCUGUCAUCAGACCUGGAAGUUGAAUUUGUUGACUGUGCUUUGCCACAGGCAUCUACCUGUUUUUUUCACUCUAAAAACUAUCUAAAAAAUGUAGCAACAUAUGAGGAAUUUGAGCGUGACCUGAUGGCAAGCAUCACUUCAUGGUACUCUGGUUUUGGCAAGAUUUAA